GCCGAAAAAGUCGCGUCGUGCGCGUGGCGUAUGAGAGAUCGAAGAUCCCCUACCAGUACGGUUUUCAAAGACGCCGGCCGCAUUUUCCCAAUUUCAGUACAUCUCUUGCCCGGGCGAUCUUGGGGCGCAAAGUAGGCAGGGCAUAUCACAACGUACCAUCAGUCGACGACGCAUGAGCAGGGGCCGGAACGAGAGGGUGAGUCAUCUUACCCUUGCGAAAGGUCGCUCACUAUCAAAUUGUAUCGUCGCAGUCGCUAUGUUUCCCAUAGAAUACUAUCCACCACCCCCUAAUAUGCGUGGCACGGAACAGAGCGUGUCUCAACAAGACCAUCCCUCGAUCACGUACAUGCCUUCACAACUCACUGCACAUGUGCAUGCACAACCCCGACCUUUUAUGCAUUUACCGCAGCACCAAGCAACCCAUCCUUCAUCACCUGGGGAAAGCUCCCGAUUACCAAGCUUUCAAGUCACGCAACCCACACCGACAAAAGGAAGGAAGUUUAGAGGUAGUGACACAAAUGCGAGCGCAUCUGUCGAAAGCAUGUUUAUGCCGAGUCCCACAUGGCAGACGGGGCUUCUGCCAUCGCCCGUCGCGAGAGGCAGUGGUACUCUUGAAAUGAGCAUAGAACCCUUGUCCACUCUGGCGCCAAUAGCAUCUGGCUCGAGGAGCCGCCCGAGGUCGCCAGACCUAAAAGCAAGAAAAGAUAGUUUAAGCGAAUUAGAAAGGCAGGCGGAGAUAAGGCAAGCGGAGAUUAUGGCAGAAAAGCAAGCUAGGAUGAGAGAGAAGGGAAGAGAGAGACAGCGAAGGAAGCGAGAAAGAGACAAGAAAGCUCGGGAGGCCGCUGCUGCUGCAAUGAAUUGUACGAAGGGCACUCCUACGCAUAUUUCAUCCAAUGCCUCUAACAAUUUGAAUAUCAACAUGCCCUCCCCUAAAUCAUCUAGUUACUCUUCUUUAACCACCGGCACAUAUUUUUCAAUCUCGCCCACCCAUCCAUUGACCCUAUCUGCCGGCUCAGCGUCCGUGUCCGGUGAAUCUUCUCCAAACACUCUUUUUUCUCCAGCCAUUUCUACUCCCGGUACUGGUUACAGCAUCGAUGGUAUGACGGUCGGUGGUUAUAACCCUGGAUCGGAGCUCACAGGUAACGCAAAUCGUCGUUCACGUAUUGCACGUGCUUCGUCCGGUAGCAUUCCUACUAACAGUAACACGCUGAAGGUUUCUUCUACUACUGGCCUGCCUGUGCUCCAGGGCGAUAAAACGGCAAGCCCCAGUCCUCCUUACAAGCGGCGCAAAUCAGAGCCCAAGCCAGAGUUGUUUAGACAACGUAUCGAUAACAUCUUCGGUGCAGGGUUGGAUUUUAUCGAACAGCUGAAGAAGGAGCGGCCAAAACCACAUAGAACCCAAUCUGAUGGCUUUAUGUUGGUUGGGGAAACAAAUAAGACCGCGCCCUCUCGUUCUCCUACACCUCCCCCGGUCCCAACAUUACCAGAUGAGUAUCGCCAGAGAAGCACAGCUGUCCCUGCUCAUGAUCUCCAAUUAUCACCUGCUUCAGUAGAGGCUAGUGAUUUUGCUUCGACUAUUAUUCUUUCCAUGUGCCGGUCUGAGUUGCCCGAUGUUAAGCAGUCCAAGGAGCGCCUUGGACUAGGCGAUGUGGAGAUCGAAAGUAUGAAGGAGGGACUAGCUACAUUUUAUGAUAAAUGGGCUUUAGAGAGAGGGAUGAGCAAGAUCAGUUUGGAUAACUCCGAGUCAGGCAAUAUAGGACCUGGGUCUAGCGUCGGGAAUCAAUCAGUGGGUUCAACUACAUAUUCUCCAUCGCGGAUCCCCCCAUCUUUCUUGGCCCCCGCAUCCGGAAAUGCUACCCAGCAAGAUAUAGAAGCUCCUGCCACGCUUCCAUUGAGCUUUCCCGCACCAUUCGAAUCUCCGCUAGCGACUCAAAGUCAUGGCCGGCAACGGUCUCUAUCUGCUCUUUCUGUCAUCACGAGGCCCAGUACGGUCCGUUGGCAACCAGAAACACCUACUACUCAAUCGGCCAAAAGUCUUUUGGCUUCGAAAGACGACGCCGGAUCUCCUAUCACAUCCAGUAUUCACACUCCUUCAACUGGGCAUGGUGCCUUUCCGGUCUUGGAGAAUCUCAUGUCUUUGAAAUCUCAACACUAUCGUUCUGCCACGGAUCCUACUGGCUCAAGGUCUUACACGAUUUUCAGUCGUGCGCAAGUCAAUGAAGUGUCAUCUGGUGAUGUGUGGGAUCAAAUAGUCUCUGAAACUAGGGGUACGAACCUCCCCGACAGCCCGCUGUUGUCGACGGACCAGUCGGAACUCAUUUCUGUGGGCAUGUCACAUGCUGCUUCCAUGACUCAUCCCCGAUGCAAUGUGGUAGCAGGGAGCAAUAUUUCAGGUGCGGACAACCACUCUUCUUCAAGUCAACUCGAGCGACACCGAUCUUUCCCAGGUCAUUAUCGCACGCCUAGUGGCCCCAGAUCCUCCGGUUUGAAAAGCGCACAAGGGGUACCCUUCACGCCACCUACCCCCUUAGAUGCGAGGGGCCAAGGUCAAGGGAAUUACUCUGCCGAAGAAGGCCUUGCAGACCCUCUGUUCUAUUCUGGGGUCUUUGGUGGGCCGCCUCCCCAGGUGCUCGACCAGCCCCAAAUAGGCCAACCUCAAACUCAGCCACAUUCCCAGGACUUGCUACAACAGCCCCAAGCUUUGUUCGACUAUCUUCCUGUCUCUGAUUUCUCUUUGCCACCCCAGUCAUCUUCCCGAAGUCAGACACCUCAGCCUUCUUUCCCACUGCGCCAAGCCGAGAAUCAAUAGGUAGGAUCGACGCAUUUACUCUGCGCAUAUUCAUGAUCUUAAUCCAUUCAAUCUACCAUCGAUGGGAGCGUUGAUUAGGCUGGUGCAUAUAUUCGCGGGGCCCGAUUGUAUCAUAAUGCUUGCCAAUACUUUACGAACUUACGGAUAACGACUUUGACGACAUAUCACGAAUUUCAUGACAAGAUCGGGAGAGAAAUAGGAGUUGUAUGGAUAGGUUGGAGAUUACUGAGGAAUCAGGCGAAUACUUGGUGAAAUAAAAAGACGUACGGUGUACACAUUUACGCUUGAAUGUUCAGGCUCUAGCCUGGCAAUGCAUUGUGCUCCACCUAUAAAUGUAUAUAUAUAUAUACAGUUUCUCCGCAUUUUGAAUCAUCUCUCAUCCUCAUUAGCAAAUGAUCAGGCCCAAAUGAAUGGGGCAAUAUCUCGCCCAUUGUCGUUUGCAGGAUGUAUUUCUUUGCCUCCUUUCCGUUUAUAUCGGCCAGGAAUGAUGGGGACGCGUUGACCGGGUAUUCUCCGGAUACAUAGAAGAUGGGAGUAUCAAGUGAAACAAAUUCCCGAAGGAACUGACGACAGAUGCCGCAGGGUGAACAGGAUGGGGAGGGAAUAUCGCUAAACGUAAGUUGAUAAAUAAUCGUUUCAUCAUAUUUAAAAUGCAUAAAACAUAC